GUCUAACCCAAAGAGGCAAUUAGCCAGAACAUCAACGACGACCCCCACCACUACCCCAGCCAUACCAGUCAUACCCCUACUCUUAAGUUUGUAAAAUGCCUCCGUCUUACUCGUAACAUAUACCCAAUCACCUCCUUCUUUAUCUCCCUUAUAGGAAGUAUCUUUACAUCUCCAACCCCUCCAACACAGCCCACCUCAUCGUAGCUGUCACCGCAUAUCGGCAUCGGUAUACAUCAUCUUUCUCCCAGCGCCACGCCCGGUGCUACACACCUUGAAGAUCCAGAUCUCGUCGGUGUCGGUGUGUCACUGGGUACUCAGCCUCGUUAUGCCGCACCUAGCUCCAUCGCCCCUCUCUUAAUCGGAUCUUCAAAAAGGCAGCAGCUUUUAACUGCUCUGUUCUCUGUGAUCUUCCCUUUGCUUUGAUAUUUUCCAAUCCUCUCGUCAAACAUAUGUCAAGGCCGUAUUAGACAUCAUGACCCGCGCAACCAAAUUCCUCUAUACCAGCUUCGACUCUGCGGUCCCCUCGACCAGCCACUAUCCGCGAGACAAUUCGUCCAGCACAUCCCCAGAGGCAACCCCCUCGUCCACAAGCAACUCCAGCCGCUCUCCGAUAAACACCGCUCUUCUGCGGCGAGUGCACACGAAAUCGCGCCGCGGAUGCCUCAACUGCAAGAGGAGGCGCAUCAAAUGCCCCGAGAACCACCCCGAUUGCACCCAGUGCACCAAGAGAGGCUUGACAUGCGAAUGGCCAGAGAUUCAGAUUGAGCAGACGGGGAACGAUGGCAGGAGGAUUGUGCGGGCAAUCCCUCCUCAGGUCGACUCGCCCAAUACUUUUUCCAUGCAGGAUUUCCGAUUGUUUAAUCACUUUGUUAAAGAAUGUCACCCUUCUCACCCGCUUGGGAAUGAGGCCGCCUGGACACACGAUAUCCCAAGUAUCGCACAUAAUCAUGAGUACUUACUACACGCAAUGCUCGCGCUCGCAGCAUCAGACAUUUCAGGAUACUCGCCAAACGACUCAGCCCUCGCUAUAUCGGGGAUUAACCACCGCGUACGCGCAAUCGAGUCCCUAAGCACAGCCUUGUCGCACGGCGUCCAUACAAUGGAAGAAGGAAACGCCAUGCUAGCCACGUGUUAUACGCUCGUCUUCCAAUCAGCUCUCAUCUCCGACGGCUUCCCAGAAUACAUGUCUUUUAUUCGCGGGUGCAUGGUGGUGGCCUGGCAAAUGGGGGUCAAGCAGCUCAAGUUUAUCUUUGAAGGGAUUCUCAGUGAUGAGCAGCUGGUGAAGAUGGGGCCAUAUCUCCAGGGCCCUCCGGAUAUUGACCCAGACCUUACGAACGGGGCUAUCGGAUCCCUCGAGGCCUGUAGGCCAGUGGUUGUGAGAGAUGCGGAGAAGGCCUUUUUCGAAUGUAUGCUGGAGAUCGCCCAGGCGGCGCAGAUAUCUAGCCGGCAGGCAUAUAUCGGCAUCAUGAAGAUCUACGGUAUAUUUGCAUACUACAUGUCCGCAACUGACUUCCACCAAUUCAUCCACCCGGACAACCAGGUCGGGAUGCUCCUACAAGCCCACAUGAUCGCUCUCCAGAUGAUCCUCGACCCGGUCCUGAAGAACGAGGACAGCGCUGGCACCAAGAUGGAUAAGCCAUGGAGGCCCAGGCAUUCGGGCAGCGUCGCGUGGCUCAAUACCAUCGAGGACAGGAUGUCGGAUGAGAUGGCACCGUGGUUUGCGUGGCCUAUGUCUCAGAGAGAUGCGGCCAGGGAGCAGAUCGAGGAGCAAAAGUUCUUGCGCAGUCAAGCCUUACAGGAGGCGGGAUUAUGAGAUACCCGGAAACGCCCAGUUGGCGCCGGGUCGCGUUUUGGUUACUGUUUCUGUUUUCAGGUGGGGGAGGGCUGCGCGAUAUCCAUUUGUUACCAUAGGUCAGGGAGAACUGGGGAGGCGUUAAGGAGGGCUACGGAGUUUGAGAGAAAUCUCCCAUUACAUGCGUCACAUCUACAUAUCACAUCUCCAACACAUACAAUUCAAAUCACACAUAAUACCUCAUCACCCUCUAUCUCUCCCCCAAACCCGGGUAUUGCGGCUGAGCCUGCGCCCUACCCCCUUUCGCAGCAUCGCACCUGUUUCGUCCUCGCCGACUUGGCAGUCUCCCAGGAGUCAAAAAGGCACACCCCUGCACGUGAUGACGACGAAUUAAAAAGGUUUACCAUAGUACGCUUCUGGAAGGUCUUGGCGUCGCAUUCGCGCAUUGCUGCCCAGAAGGGGAAAGUGGGGAAUUUGGCGGCGCGGCUGUGCUGGAACUCCGGCAGGGCUAGGGUGGG